AUGGGCGACGCCUACGAACGCGAACAACAAAACAACGCCCUCCUCAACUCGCUCUCGAGCAAAGUCUCCGCGCUCAAGUCCGUGACUGUUGAUAUCUACGAUAAUGCGCGGGAUCAGGAGACGCUGGAUCACUCGAGUCAGGUGUUCUCGUCGCUGUCGACGAAUUUAAAGGGCAGCGCGAACCGGUUGACGCGGAUGGCGAGGCAGGGGGAUACGGUUGCGGUGUUGAAGGUUGCGGGGAUAGUGGUUGGGGCGGGAGUUUUGCUGUGGAUGCUGCUCAGGUGGAUCUUUUGA